UCUUCUACAUUUGCUUUCCAGAAUAUUAUGGUUGGUUAGUUCUGUUUAUCGUAUUCGACCUUAGUCUAAGUAGUUUUCCACCCACUGAACUCUGGAACAGUUUUCUAUAGAUAUUCAAUAGGCAGUAAGCAGGUUCAGGAAGUGAGUUGCAUCACUCUUUCGAUUUGGAUUUAUUGUUUAUCUAUUCCUCGUGCAACUAGGUAAUUUAUGAACUACUGUGCUGUGCAAUGAAUUCAAAUGAAAAUGAUGGCGAAAUGUCCACAACAGAAAGACACAUGUCAAGUGUGCCGUUCCCACCUAGUCACAAGCUCACUAUAGAUGAUAUUUUCGAUUCUAAUGGUAGUCCACGAGUUGAUCUAUUGAAACAACAUUUUGUAAAAGAAGGAAGAAUUUGUGAAGAGGCGGCAUUAAGGAUAAUAAAUGACGGGGCAGAACUUUUACGAAGAGAAAAAACAAUGCUUGAUAUCCAGGCACCAGUUACAGUUUGUGGAGACAUCCACGGCCAAUUUUUUGACCUCAUGAAGCUUUUCGAAGUUGGUGGAAAUCCAGCAACAACUAAUUAUCUCUUCCUCGGUGAUUACGUCGACAGAGGCUAUUUCAGUAUAGAGUGUGUUCUUUACCUCUGGUCUUUGAAAAUUUUAUAUCCUAAAACACUUCACCUGCUUCGAGGAAAUCAUGAAUGUCGACAUCUUACAGAAUAUUUUACUUUUAAACAAGAGUGUAAAAUCAAAUACAGUGAAAAAGUUUACGAUGCUUGCAUGGAAUCAUUUGAUUGUUUGCCACUUGCCGCAUUAAUGAAUCAACAGUUUCUCUGUGUUCAUGGUGGAUUAUCGCCUGAAAUUAACACUCUCGAAGAUAUUAAAAGACUCGACAGAUUCAAAGAACCUCCUGCUUUUGGUCCCAUGUGUGAUCUGCUAUGGUCAGAUCCUUUAGAAGAUUUUGGAAAUGAAAGGUCAACUGAUCAUUACUGCCACAACACAGUACGAGGAUGCUCAUACUUUUACAGCUAUACUGCUGUAUGUGACUUCUUACAGAAUAACGGGCUGCUUUCUCUCAUCAGGGCCCAUGAAGCCCAAGAUGCCGGGUAUAAAAUGUACAAAAAAUGUCAAACAACAGGUUUCCCUUCACUUAUCACCAUAUUUUCUGCACCCAACUACCUGGACGUUUAUAACAAUAAAGCUGCUGUACUCAAAUACGAGAACAACGUUAUGAACAUUCGACAGUUCAACUGCUCGCCCCAUCCAUAUUGGCUCCCCAAUUUCAUGGAUGUCUUCACAUGGUCACUACCUUUUGUAGGAGAAAAAGUGACUGAAAUGCUUGUCAACGUUUUAAACAUCUGCUCAGAUGAUGAAUUAUUAGCUGAAAAAGACGACACAUUUGAAGCAGGUGGGCUUUGUAACGUCUCAUCGGUAAAAAAUAACAACGCUCUUUCUGGCCAAAAACAAUUGUCAAAGACUCGAGGUACGCCUGCUGCCAGAAAGGAGGUGAUCCGCAACAAAAUUCGGGCAAUUGGCAAAAUGGCCCGAGUAUUCUCAGUACUCAGGAAGGAAAGUGAAACGGUACUUCAGUUAAAAGGAUUGACACCUACUGGUAUGCUGCCAACAGGAGUGUUAUCUGGUGGAGCAACAUCAUUACAAGAUGCUAUUGGAUCAGCGGAUGACAGUAAAAUUACUACCUUCAAAGAAGCGAAGGAUAUGGACAGGGUGAAUGAAAGAAUGCCUCCACGACGCGAAGUAAAGAAAACGUCAUCUGAUGGUCAAGGACCAAGCAAUAGUGCAGAUGGUCACGCAUGACAAUGUUGUGCUGAUAAUAGUGCAGUAAUUUGUCAAACUCAAACAAAUGUGUAAUGUUAAAAUUUCAUCAAGGAUAUGUGGAACUCGUCAUUGAAAGCAGAUUCUGAUUGGGUUGCAUUGUUAUGCGACAUAUGGCUCAUUGUGAUGUUAUUUCCCUAAUACCAGACUGAGCAAGUUGUCCACAGUCCAGAUAUCCUUUUUUCCUCAUCACCCAUAAUUUAAUUCCUUACGUCAUCAAUCCUAACUUUUAUGGUUAGACUCGAUUUGUAACUGGGGGAAAUGGAACCGUGACACGUUAACGACUCACUAUUUAAAAAGUUAUGAAUAAUAAUUCAUCAAUUUCAUUUGGUUCAAAAUGCAACAUCCAUGUUUAUAUUUACAAAUACUUGUAGAUCUUUUAUCCAUAAUCGAGCUAUUUUGUAAUUGGGAAAUUUCAUCUGAUAUUUCACCCAUUUGUAAAAAUGGAAGCAUGCAAAUGAAUUAAGGCCUCAAAUUCGCUAAGAAGACUUUCUUUAUUAAGUUUUACAUUCAUAUUUUCCUCAGAUGUAAGAACAUUUAGCACCAGUAAUUUCACACCUAAACAUAGUUUCUGUGUUCAUUUUAUGAACUCUAUUUCAUCCUAAAAAUUAUGAGACAGCUCGACAGUUCUAUUUCUCUCAGUUACAUAUCUGUUCCUGAAGUUGUUUCAUGAAAAUUGAACAUUGAGGGAAUAUUAUAUUUAUGAAGCUGCCUUCAAAUUCAUGAUAUUCGACUUGCCUAGUAUAGUUAUCACUUUCAUCUCAUCUGCCAUUUUCAAUAUAAAAUGUUAUAACUAGAAUUUUUUUAAUAUUUAUCGAACAUGGUUAGAGCACAACAAUUUGAAGACGUAGCAUGGUAAUUUACUAGCUUCGUAAAUUCAUUAGAAAACGAACACAAAAUAGAAAUAAUAUUAUUUAGGAUGUCUUCUGGAAUAAGGCCCAAGAAGUUGAUGCUUAAUCCUAUGAAUUUAUUACUCCUAAUCCGAGGGCAAGUAGUAUUAGAAUGUGAAAAAUAAUGAGACAGUUAAAAGCUGGAAGCGCUAAAAUUUCUGGUAGCCUCAUCUAUUAUGUAAGCUUUGCUCCUGCUCCAACAAUUUGUCAAGGCUCCAAGCUUCGGCUUCCCAGCUCUGAUUGAAAUGGAAAAAUUCUUCCUUAUAUAUAAUCUGAGCUACUGGCAGGCUAUUGUAAUUAAUAGUCUUCAUGACCAACUAGUCUAUUUUUCAAGUUCCGAUCCAUUUGUUCAUUAAAUUAAAUUGCCUGUUCUAUUUAUGUCCGUCCAUCAGACUCUCUAUUCCAUCUCAUACCUUUUCUUUUGUAAUUUUACAGAAGAUAAUUAAUUCAAAACUGCAAAUACCUGGAAUUUUUUUACUUAGGGCCAGUUUAUGAAAUUAAGACAUAGAUUUGCUAUUUUAUUAAUCUCCCCCAAGAUGUGUUUAUAGAGUAACACUUCCUCUACACGGCAUCUUUAAACUCCUGAACAUUUUGUAUAUAACCAAAUUCACCUUUGUAUAUUAUUAGUUAAUCAGUUUUGCACAGUAUGUUGUAGUCGAAGGCUAUGAAGAGUCUCUAUAAUUUCAAAACCAUAAAAUAAAGUUUAUUUGUCCCAGUGUGAUCUGCUAUCUUCUAAAUCAGAUAACUUUUAGUAACCCUGUUCAUUGUUAAAGUAAUUAUAACUUGCUAUAGGUCAGGAAGGUGCAACCUGCAACCUGUGGCAUGUGGGCCUAUGAUAAAUAAAGUUUGGCAAGCGGUUUCACUCAGUUAUUUGUAUCUGGCGCUCUUGUAUUGCAGGUCGCACACUCCUGCUAUAGGUAGUCGAGCCAGAAAUUCACACCCAGAAAUUUUUCGAACAAGGGGAGUAAUUAGAUAGUGACCUUAUCAAUGGUCUUCCCAUAUAAAUUGGUUCGAUUCUUUUAUCAUCAACUGUUUUGACAAUUUAUCAGAAUCCUGAUUAUGAGACAUUAAUAAUUAAAGUUGUAGAUAAGACGCAUCUGCUUAUUUCAUCUGGUAUCAUCCGCCUUACCCUUUUAUAUAACAAAAAUAUAAUUCACUUUAUGGCCCCUUUGAGUCUUUACUUAGUUAUCUGACAAAAAUGUCAUGAAAUUCAUUAGAUUGUGACUGUGAAAUUAGCCAAUACCAUCAUCUAUCACGCUUUUUAUGUUCACUUUUGUUGUACGAUUACUUGUUCUGAGUUCCGGUUGGUUAAAUUUUGGUUUUUGCUUUAAAAAAAAUAUUAACGCAACAUGCACAUUGUUACAAAUAUUGUUUAUCUGUUUAUAUAUUAUAUAAUAUAGUAGGACAAAAUUUUUUUUGAAUGUUUGUUCAAUUUUCUAUAUUAAUCUUAUUAUAAUAAUUGAUAUAGAAAUUGUUAUUUUUUCAUGGUAUUUACGCUUUGUUUGAUUGACACUACUACUUAGUUGUUAAUAUUGGAUCAUAUGCAGUAAGUUUUGAAAGAAAAUUCGGAGAUUUUUUUUUUUUUUUGAUUUACAUUUUUUAAUAAGCUAACCUGUAAUUUAUCAGAAAAGCUGCCAUCAAAUUUGGGUUUGAGGCUUUGUGAAAGUUUGGGUGAAUGAUAACAACUUAAUUUGGCAUUGUUUUUCUUAUUUCGGCAUACAACCAUAUCUGAUAUUCUUAUAAAGUUAUUGAUGGUUGAAGUUGGGGUUUGCAACUCUCUGACCUAAAUUUGGUUGCAGGCACUUUGCACAUCUUAUAUUUAGUAAUUACAGUAGGAUAAUGCACGUAGCAAUAAGGUUUGCCAUAAGUUGGAGAUUCGUUUUGAUUGGUCUACUUACUUUUUUAUGUCAGAGACCUGUCAAUAUUUUCAGUAUUUUACUCUUGAAAAAAACUAUCUAAUAAGGAACAAUGGCUCGGGGAUGUGAGCUAAUAAUAAAGUUUUUGUUUGGAAUA